AUUGUCUCCACCUCCCAUUUGAAAGGUUUCAGCACAAUCAUCCCCUUUAACCGGCUCACACGAGUUAAUCCUGAAUUACUUGGCUUACUACAGCCAUGACUGCAGCUACAUGAGAAUAGAUUUGUACAUUUGCUUUCAUUAAUACGGGUUACAUAUUGAAUAUUGCAGUACCUUUGUCAAUGCUCUGGUUUCUGAACCAGUUAUUUUAACUAUGUCUUCAAAUUACAUUCUUUAUUUUUAGUGCAGCAUGCGUGACCUGUUUGGAUAAUCGCUCCCGACAUUUGUCAGUAUGAAAAAAGACUUAAAUGAUAAUUACAUGUGAGUUUGUGGACAUAAACGGUAUAUCUUGCUGGAGAAAUUGUAGACAUGGAAGCGGCAACGAAAGAUGGGGUUGGCUUGGACCCCAGCAAAACGGACACACUCAACUCAACAGGUUCUGCAGGACAAAAAAGAGCUGGAGGAGCCAAGAAGCACACCCAAGCUAACAAAUCAGCCUUGCGUGCACCCAGAGCUCUGUGCUGCCUUACUCUCAGCAAUCCUAUUCGCAUGGCAGCUCUGGCUCUAGUGGAGUGGAAGCCAUUUGAUAUAUUCAUUUUACUGGCCAUCUUCGCAAAUUGUGUUGCUCUUGGUGUGUCCAAACCGUUUCCUGAGGAUGAUUCCAAUGCCACCAACCACAAUCUGGAACAAGUGGAGUAUGUGUUUCUGGUCAUUUUCACCAUCGAAACUUUCACAAAGAUUCUGGCAUAUGGUCUGGUCAUGCAUCCCAGUGCCUACAUCCGCAGCGGGUGGAACUUGCUGGAUUUUAUCAUUGUCAUUGUUGGUCUUUUCAGUGUGAUAGCUGAAAUGGGAGGAGACGGUCAAAAAGCAGACAGCCAUCAUGCAGCCGGUAAACCAGGUGGUCUGGAUGUCAAAGCCCUGAGAGCUUUUAGAGUUUUGCGACCACUUCGUCUAGUGUCUGGUGUGCCGAGUCUGCAGAUUGUGUUAAACUCGAUCAUGAAGGCCAUGGUGCCUCUGCUCCAUAUUGGUCUGCUCGUCAUGUUUGUCAUCAUCAUAUAUGCAAUCAUUGGUCUGGAGCUUUUUAUAGGCAGGAUGCACAAGACCUGCUUUUAUGUAGGGACAGAACUUAUGGUGGAGGAUGAUCCAACACCAUGUGCUUUUGCCGGUCACGGACGCGUCUGUAUAGGCAAUAACACAGAUUGUCGUGGAGGAUGGGAGGGACCAAAUGGAGGCAUCACCAACUUUGAUAAUAUCUUCUUUGCCAUGCUCACUGUGUUCCAGUGUAUUACAAUGGAGGGCUGGACUGAUGUCCUUUACUGGAUGAACGAUUCUAUUGGGUUUGAGUUGCCUUGGGUUUAUUUUGUGUCUCUGGUCAUUUUUGGUUCAUUCUUUGUCCUGAAUCUUGUAUUGGGUGUGCUGAGCGGCGAGUUCUCUAAAGAGAGAGAGAAGGCAGUGUGUCGCGGUGAGCUGCAGAAGGCUCAGGAGAAACAGCAGAUGGAGGAGGACAUGAUCGGCUACAUGGACUGGCUCAUUGAAGCUGAGGAUAUGGAUGAAGAUGGAAAUAAGCGUGCUGUGGUGGCCAAGAAAAAGAUGAUGAAGAAAUAUGGCUGGUACAAGCAUAGUGAAGAUGGAGAAUCUGAUUCUGAUUCGGAGUUUGAAGCAUUCCUGGAUGAUGACAAUGGCUGCUGUGCUUCCAUAAUGGCACGACUGAUGGCUAUAAGUUUCUGUGAGCAACUGUACCACUUGAAUGUAGUUAUGAGGAAGAACUGUCGGGUUGCAGUCAAAUCCACCAAUUUCUACUGGCUGGUGCUACUACUAGUGUUCCUCAACACUGCUGCCAGCGCUUCUGAACAUUAUGGCCAGCCCAAGUGGCUCACUGACAUACAGGAACGAGCAAAUAAGAUCCUUCUGGCUCUGUUUACGCUGGAGAUGCUGAUGAAGAUUUACAGCUUCGGGUUUCAGAUCUACUUCAUGGCACUCUUCAAUCGUUUUGAUUGUUUCGUGGUGUGUGGUGGAAUUCUGGAAACUGUGCUUGUGGAGAUGGAGGUGAUCCCACCCAUUGGAAUCUCUGUGCUGCGCUGUGUCCGUCUGCUCCGUAUCUUCAAAGUCACAAGACACUGGGCUGCCCUCUCAGACCUGGUGGGCUCUUUGCUGAACUCUAUGAAGGCCAUUUGCUCCCUGCUGUUGCUGCUAUUCCUCUUCCUCAUUAUUUUUGCUCUCCUGGGAAUGCAGCUUUUCGGUGGAAAGUUCAACUUUGAUGAGACUCAAAUGAAAAGAAGCACCUUCGACUCUUUUCCAUCUGCCUUACUCACCUGUUUCCAGAUCCUAACAGGAGAGGACUGGAACUCCGUCAUGUAUGAUGGCAUCAUGGCUUAUGGUGGACCAGUGUUUCCCAAUAUGAUUGUCUGCAUUUACUUUGUCAUUCUUUUCGUCUGUGGUAACUACAUCUUACUGAACGUCUUCUUGGCUAUUGCUGUGGAUAACUUGGCUGGAGAUGGUGGCAAAAAGAAAAAAGAAGAGAAAAAGGAAGAGGAGGAGGAAUGGGAAGAUGAAGAUGAAAGAGAGGAAGAUGAUGCUGGGAAUGAGAUGGAUGAUUGGGAAGAGAAUGAAGAGCUGAGAGCAAUCGAAGGGCUUGAGGGUAUAGGCACUCCAAUGAAGGUCGAAAGUUUCCAACCCAAAGAGAAAAUUGUGCCUAUUCCUGAUGGCAGUUCCUUUUUUGUCCUUGGAAAGAAAAACUGUCUCAGAGUCGCCUGCCACAACCUCAUUCAUCAUCAUUACUUCACCAACUUCAUCCUCAUCUUCAUUAUACUUAGUAGUUUUUCCUUGGCUGCUGAAGACCCAAUCAAAACACAUUCUGUCAGGAAUGUUAUGCUGGGCUAUGCUGACUACGUCUUUACCACAGUUUUCACUAUUGAGAUCAUGUUGAAGAUGACUGUGUAUGGAGCUUUCCUUCAUCAAGGUUCCUUCUGCAGAAAUGCCUUCAACCUUCUGGACCUUCUUGUCGUCAGUGUGUCCCUCACCUCUUUCUUUUUGAAUUCGAGUGCCAUUUCUGUGGUGAAGAUUCUUAGAGUUUUGCGAGUGCUUAGGCCUCUUCGAGCCAUCAACAGGGCAAAGGGGCUCAAGAGCGUGAUUCAGUGUGUAUUUGUGGCCAUCCGCACUAUUGGCAACAUCCUCAUUGUCACCACUCUUCUCCAGUUCAUGUUCGCUUGUAUUGGUGUCCAGCUUUUUAAGGGCCGGUUCUAUAGAUGCACAGAUGAAGCGAAGCAUACACCUGAAGAGUGCAAGGGCACUUUUGUUGUGUUCAAAGAUGGUGAUAUGAACCAUCCAAUGGUGAGGGAGAGAGUUUGGGAAAACAGCGAGUUUAACUUUGACAAUGUUCUGAUGGGCAUGCUUGCGCUCUUCACUGUCUCUACAUUUGAGGGCUGGCCACAGCUCUUGUACAAAGCCAUUGAUGCCAAUGCAGAGAACAGAGGACCCAUCUAUAACUACCGUGUAGAGAUUUCCAUCUUCUUCAUCAUCUACAUUAUCAUCAUUGCCUUCUUCAUGAUGAACAUCUUUGUGGGUUUUGUCAUUAUCACAUUUCGUGAACAAGGAGAGGCAGAGUUUAAAAACUGUGAACUAAAUAAAAAUCAGCGUCAGUGCGUGUAUUAUGCACUGAAAGCUCAACCAAUAAAGAUUUACAUUCCCAAAAACCCUUCCCAACUUAAAUUUUGGAAGAUCAUAAAUUCCUCUCAGUUCGAGUAUAUCAUGUUUGUCCUCAUUCUGCUCAACACACUCACGUUGGCUGUACAGCAUUAUGAGCAAUCCAAACUCUUCAACUCUGUGAUGGACAUACUGAACAUGAUCUUCACGACGCUCUUUACUGUUGAGAUGAUCAUCAAACUCAUGGCUCUGAGACCUUAUCAUUAUUUUAUAGAUGCCUGGAAUUCUUUUGAUGCACUGAUAGUGGUGGGCAGUUUGGUGGACAUCAUGAUUGCAGAGCUGAGCGGUGGUGGAGGCCAUGGUGAGGGAAAAGAAGGCGAAAGUGCCAAAGUAUCCAUCACUUUUUUCCGUCUUUUCCGUGUUAUGCGACUGGUCAAGCUGCUCAGCAAGGGUGAAGGCAUCCGUACACUCCUUUGGACUUUCGUUAAAUCACUACAGGCUUUACCAUACGUUGGCCUACUCAUUGCGAUGAUCUUUUUUAUUUAUGGUGUGAUUGGCAUGCAGAUAUUUGGGAAGAUAGCUAUAGACGACGAUACAGAGCUUAAUCGGAACAACAAUUUCCAAACCUUUUUCAUGGCUGUGCUUUUGCUGUUCAGGUGUGCAACAGGUGAACAGUGGCAGCAGAUCAUGCUUGCAGCACUGCCGGGGCACCGGUGUGACCCAGAGUCUGAUUUUGAGGCGGGGGAGGAGUUUACCUGCGGAAGCAACCUGGCAUACCUCUAUUUCAUCAGUUUCUUUGCACUCUGUGCCUUUUUGAUUAUUAACUUGUUCAUUGCUGUCAUCAUGGAUAACUUUGAGUAUCUGACUAGAGACUGGACUGUGCUUGGCACUCAUCACCUCGAUGAGUUUAAACGAGUCUGGUCAGAUUACGAUCCAGAGGCCACGGGACGGAUUAAACAUUUAGAUGUAGUUACCAUGCUGCGCAGAAUUCAGCCUCCACUGGGGUUUGGAAAACUCUGUCCACAUCGAGUGGCCUGUAGGAGACUGGUUGCUAUGAAUGUUCCUCUCUAUCCUGAUGGCACUGUGUCCUUCAACGCCACCCUAUUUGCUCUUGUCAGAACUUCACUCAAGAUUAAAACAGAUGGCCCCAUUGAUCAACAGAAUGAAGAGCUGAGAGCUAUUAUUAAAAAGAUCUGGAAACGCACCAAACCCAAACUCCUAGAUGAAGUUAUACCUCCCCCUUCAGGCAAUGAAGUGACUGCAGGGAAGUUUUAUGCCAGCUUUCUAAUUCAGGACUACUUUAAAAAGUUUCGCAAGAGAAAGGAGAAAGAGAGGAAGAAGAAAGGCAAAGACAAAUCAGCCUCUCUCCAGGCUGGGUUACGCACAUUACAGGAUCUUGCCCCAGAGAUGCGACUAGCUAUGGCGAUGGAGGAUGAGGAAGCACUGGAGGGGGAGAUGAUGGAAGAUGAGGAGUUCUUUAGGAGUGACAGCGUCUUCAGUGAUGUUCCUCCUACACCAACUAUGUCCACCCCUAGAAGCACGCCUAUGCCCCCACAUCUGGAUCAGACCACAGUAAACAUCGAGCUUCCCCCAAGAAUACGCAAUGGAAGCUUAAUGCUGGAGGAAGCCCUGUUGGACUCCCGUCCAGCCUCUGCCCUAUCUGAAAAUGAAGUGAUAGUUGAACAGCCUAACAGGUUGUCUCCCUUACCCAGCAAGUGGACCUCCAGUCACAGUAAACUUACCCCAUUGUGGAUACUGAAUACCAACCCAAGACAAGGAGCACAGAAUGACAGCACUGGAGUUUGUGUCUAUCCACCUUCCCCAUCUCCGGAUGUAGCCAUGCAAAAUGGACAAGUCACAGAAGGGGAUGUCGUUCCAGGAGGACAUGGAGGAGCAACUAUGGGAGGAGUCAUGGAAGCGGGAGUUGUCCAUGGGGUAGCAACAGAUGGAGUAGUCCAUGGGGGAUCAAUCAUAGGAGAAGAAGUAGUCAUGGGAGGAGGAGUCACAGAAUUGACAUACACUGCAGACCAAGGUGGUGUGGGCAGUGGGGACCCUCAGACUGCAGUCUUACCUGAACAACAGUGGUUUCCUGAAGUUCCGCCAACACAAGCUGUAGUACCUGAUAGGACCACUGAAUGUGUGGCUCCAGUUCAGCCCAUCAACCUUAACGGCAAUGGUUACCAAGGAAACAUCCAAGAUGCUGGCAACUACAAUGGCAGUUUCCCUGGAAAUGGCUACAAUGGGAAUGGUACCAAUGGAACUGAUUAUCCAGGCAAUCGUUGCUCCAGUAACGGUUAUAGCACCAAUGGCUACAAUGGUAAUGGUUACAAUAGUAAUGGAUUCAAUGGUAAUGGAUACAACAAUAAUGAAUACAGUGGCAAUGGUUUUGCUGCACGGCGAAGAAUGCUUCCCCCAACACCAUUAGGCCGGAAGCCAAACUUUAACAUUCAGUGUUUGCGAAGGCAGGGCAGUAAUGAGGAUCUCCCAGUCCCUGGCACAUAUCAUCAAAACUCCCCACCCUGCAGGGCUCGCGCUCAGAUAACACAGACACACAACAGCUUUGACUCACGACGGAGCAGCAUUUCCUCUGGGAUUUCUUCAGCUUCUUGGGCUAACAACCAGGCUAGACGGGGUCGCCUCCUCUAUGCGCCCCUCAUUUUGGUGAACGAGGUGGGGGGCACUCAGGCAAUGUGGAGUGACACCAAUGGCAGCACCACUCUUCCAGCAUCAGCACGUCCGGGGUGGCUUGGUAGUGCAAUGGCAGGUGUGCCCCAGCAGCCUCGAGCAUACACUACUCUCAGGGUGCCAUCGCAAAACAGCCCUGGAUAUAUAGAGAGAGGAAGCGCUGACAGUCUUGUGGAAUCGAUUCUGAUUUCUGAAGGCUUGGGUCUAUAUGCCAAAGACCGCAAAUUUGUUGACUUCGCAAAACGGGAGAUUGCAGAUGCCUGUCAAAUGACUGUUGAUGAAAUGGAGAACGCCGCAACUGACCUUUUAUGUAGAGGAAGGGCAGGGCAACCAACCGGACGCUUCGAUGAGGAUCUGUCUGAUGAGAUGAACUGUGUGAUCUCGUACUAAAUGAGCUUCAGUUUGAUGCACAGGGAAGAAGUAAAUUGUGAGUGUGAUGUCAUCAAAAACAUUGACUUAUUCAUUUACUGAGCUCAGUUUGAAAGAUGUAGUAAUAGUUAUAUUCAUUUCGAACAAUAGACAUGAGGAACAUGUGAUAACCACAUAAACCCAAUUGUUCAUUUUCUUUUUUUAUGGAAAAAAACUUUGGGAAAAUAUGAGAUGAUGCCAAUGUUGGGUAUGUAUACAACACUUUCAUAUAUUAUAUGUAUGUUAAUUAUUACCUUACAGAGGAAAAAACACAUUUGCUUCGGAUGUGGUCAAAUGUUAAAAUGAAGCAGAUGGUUUUGGAUUAUUUGUUAAUGUGACAUUACCAUUACAAAAUACAUGAUAUGAUAUAAUAUGAUAAUAUAUAUUAAAGCAUGUUUUCCUAUUGAUAUAUGCUACAUAGCCACUAUAUGAGCAUUACUUUGAAUAUUACUUUGUACAUAACAUCUUUGACCAGUUUUCCGUUCUGAUUGUAAAACGGAAAUAUUUUCUGUGCAGCUGCUUUGAAACAAUAUUUAUUGU